AUGACAGUAGAUGAAUUUUUCGCAUGUUACAAGGCCUCAGGGCAGCAAGAGACUUGGGUCACUUUGCAGGCAGCAGCAGGGAAAGGGCUGGUGGCGGGGCUGCCGUCGUCGAUUAAGGGGUGGAGACCACGGUGGUUUUAUGUGUCCGCCAGUGGAGGGGUUGGAGUGCGCACCAUUUGGAAAGUGCCUACCAAGUCUGUGGAGCCAAAGUUGGGAGCAGCAGCAGAGGAGAGAAUAAAGAGGGUGAAGGAGCAAGCGAACAAGGAAGGGGAGGCUCUGAAGAAGAAGAAGAAGAAGAGUGCCCUUGAGGGGACUGCAGAUGCGCCUGGGUCGAAGAAGGCGAAGGUUGGGGGGGAAGACACCCCUAUGGUCAAGGAGGUAGAGAAGGGGGCAGUGCAGGAGACCCUAGGAAGGGUGGCUGUCCAAGAAGUGGUGGAGGUCACCCCAGCAUUGAAGGUUGUGGAGGUCGCCCCAGCAGUGGUGGAGAUCGCCUCAGGGGUCGCGAAGGUCGCCCGCGAAGUACAAGCAGAAAGUGGGGCAACAGGCCCUGAGCCAAGGGGAGGAGAACAGUCCCAAGGCGGUUUUGCGCCCCAAGGAGGAGGGGUAGAUGAGGCCAAGGCUCAACUUGUAAGGUUGAAGAAGGAGAGUGUAAACUGGAAGAGUACCCAUGCUGAGCUGCGAGCAGUCAAGUUGGAGCUGGAGAACGAACACCGCCAGGUUGUGUUGCUCGAGUUCCAGCUGGCUGGCGAGCAGAAGAAGCUGGGGAAGGCCCAAAAAGCCUGCGCGGUCGCGCUCGAACGGCAUCUACAAAAGGAAUUAGAGGAGGAGAGGGCCAAGGCAUCUGCUGAGAGGGCGGGCGUGCAGAGGAAGUUGGCUGAAGAGAGGGCCAAGGCAGCCUCUGAAAGGGCGACCCUGCAGAAACAAUUGGAGGAAGAGAGGGCUAAGGUGGCCUCUGAAAGGGCGACCUUGCAGAAGGAUCUGGACAAAGAGAGGGCCAAGGUAGCCUCUGAAAGGGCGGCAUACCCCGAUCUGUGCGUUGUAGCAGUGGAUCAGUUCAAGGGGCCUGUUGAAUUUCAGAUGGCAGUUGAUGCCGCGGUCACCAGCAGCUUGGCGAGGGAGGAGUCUUGGGGGGCGGGCCCAUCGAGGACGACCACUGGGGGCAGGACUGAGUCGGAAGUGAUUGAGAGCUUCCAGCGAUCAUCAAAAUUGGAAGUGGACCCAAUAAUCCAUCAAGUAAGAAGUCAAGGAGAGGAUUCAAGGAGAGAAUCCUUGUUAUCAGAUGAUUGCCUUCUACAAUGA